GCUCCAGCAGGAAGCGGUAUCGUCUCCAUGGCGACGCUUUUCCCUGGAAAAGCCGCCCGAAACGCCAGCUAAACGCCUGGCCUUCGCUAAGUGCCUUUCAGAUGCUCCGCUUGAGAAGGCCACGAGCGGGUAAGGGGCCGCGGCGACUCGGGUCUCCCUCUCCCCAUCCCUGCGUGAAGCCGGACUCAUCUCUCACCUCGGACCACCCAGGCCCAGCGCCUGAACCCGGAGACUUCUCUGGACCCUCCAGGUUUGGGCUCUUGGGCCUCACGGCUGCCGAGGCAGCGCAAGAGAAGAAAUUAUCUAGAAAAGACAGAUGUUGUAAAGAAAAAGUGGUCAUUAAACCAAAUGAAACCAUGUCAGAGAAGGAAGUCUCUUCAAAAAGUAUUGGAAAUAAGGUCUCUUUAAAGAAUACCGAAAAUAGAGUGUCUUCAAAGAGUAUUGAAAAUGAAGAUACAGAAACAAAUCUACAGUCUAAGCUAUGGUCAUCUUCCUUCUUAAAAGAAAGCACAGGUGAAGUGGGCAAAGAUGAAGUCAUUGCAAAGCAUGAGAAAAAUAAUGAAUAUUGCCUUCGGGAUAUAGAUGAUAAAUUGUCUGAAUCAACAGAUGAUGAUGAUGAUGGUGAAGAUGACACCAGUGAUGAAGAUAAUGAAGACAGUAACCCAAUUAGUGAUACUCAUGCCCCAUUAGAAUUAAUGGCAGAAUUCUUAAGAGCAGAAAUGUGCCAAGACUACCGUUUGGCUAAAAAAUUAUGUCAGAUGAUCCUAAUUUAUGAACCAGAAAACCCUGAGGCCAAGGAGUUUUUGUCACUUAUUGAAGAAAUGUUGCUGAUGGAGAAGUCUCCAAAUGUUGAGGAAGAUGAUAGAGAUAGUGAAGAGGACAGCAGCGGUGAGAGUGAAGGAGAAAGCAGCGAGGAGCUAAGUGAAGGAAGCUCGGAUGAAUGUGAAGACGGGUGACGAAAGGUGCUGCUGUGGUCCAAUCUUCACAUAUUUCUUUUACUGUGUGACAUGGAAAUACAAAGAACAGAGCUGCAUUUCAGUCUAAUUCUUCUUUAUUUGGGCCAGAGUUGUUUUAAUUUAUCCCUAUUAGUUUGAACUCCUUCCUGAUAUUUAGGUCUUAGCUCCAUGUGAGUUUCUUAGAGGGGAAAACAGUAUUUGAAAACCCAUAGCCACCUCAAUGGGUUGGGUGUCCUCCCACAAGCCAAAAGGCCACGGGUUCAAUCCCUAGUCAGGACACAUACCUAGGCUGUGGGCCAGGCCCCUGGUUGGGGGAUUGCAACUGAUCACAUAUCAUUGUUUCUCUUCCUCUCUUUCUCCCUCCCGUCCCCUCUCUCUAAAAAUAAAUAUAGCAUCAUACGCCUGCUGAGUGGGAGAGCCCGGGUUUGUGCACGGACAUGAUAGCUCCAGAUCCAUACUCAUAGUCCUUCCAGGUGCUUUUUAUCAGUAUGUUCUUUAUAACACAUAUCACUACCUAACGCUCUUAUUAAACUACUUGUACUUCUUUUAAAAGACUUUAUUUAUUUUUAGAGAGGUGGGGAAGAGAAAGAGAGGGAGAGAAACAUCAGUGUGUGGUUGCCUUUCGCAUGCCCCCUACUGGGUACAUGGCCCACAACCCCGGCCUGUGCCCUGGCUGGGAAUGAAACCUGCCACCCUUUAAUCCACUGAGCUACACCAGCCAGGGCUGACUAGUUGUACUUUUUAUCUUCUCCCUUCUCGUCAGAAAAUGUAACCUCCCCGAAGCAGGACUUUGUCUUUUUCACCAUUAUAACCGCAGCAGCUGCACAAAUGCCUGGUAAAUAAUGGGAUGUAUAUACCAAGUAAA